AUGACCUCCGUGCCUGUCGCUCCUUUUUAUGAGCCCGAGGGCCCUCCCCAGUCCCUUCCAUUAUUGAUGUAUCACACAGAAAUGUUUUGUCCGAUGACAUCGUUCGUCUCGGUAUCUUGGCAAGAAGAAAUGGCAUUCUUCACUCGUAAACUCAAAUUUACGGAGCGUACGCCUACUAUUUCGCGCGUGUUCACUACCGCGUUGUCUCGCGCAGCGACACCCAUCCCUUCUGGCCCGCCCGCCCCCAAAGUCGCUAAGGCUUUGUCAUCCAUAGAUUCCCAUGAAUUUAAAAUCCCACAACCAGACGGCGAGGCUGGGCGUCCUAGCCGUGGUGGAUACAACUUGGAAAAGGCACUCAAGUGGGAUGCCGACCGCUUCAAGGCGUUCAAGGAGUGUGUUCAUGGUUCGAUCCAGACACAUUGCGACACUAGCAAGAGCAAGACAUCUCAAACUCCAGCCGCGAUAACUGCAGUUCAGAUUGAGGUCCUCUCUCGCUUUUCGGAACUCAAUGACUAUGACGGCUGUUGGCCAAUUGGAGAUAUAAUUCAGAUGCAGCUGAAAAAUAUGUCUGCGAAGCAGCGACAAAAGCAUACGAAGUAG